AUGUGCAAUAAGCUGAGAGUAGUGGCCAGACGUGGUCGUGAGGCUGAGGACAGCCAGAGGAGAGAUGGUAGGGGCUAUUUCUCUACAUAUACAAGUCUUACUGGAGGUGUUGGUAAGAGAGCUGGAUAUAGCUCUGGACCAUCUGGAUUAGGCAGCAGUAGUAGUAAGAAGAGAAGCUUCCAGAGGGGUUCACAUCUAGAGUGUCACAAGGUUAGGCACAUCACUUGGUCUUACCCAGAGAAUACUCUUCACCCCGAUCAGAGGUCUACCAUUCCUAGUCAUGUGUUUGCUAUGACAAGGGAAGAGGCUGAAACUUCCCUGAAGCUUAUCGGAGAUAUAAUUUCUUUAAGCAAUCAACAAAUUUCUUCUUUGUUUGAUUAUGGUGUCACUCACUCGUUUGUUUCUGGUGAGUGUGCAAAAAGACUAAGUUUUCAUGUUGUUGAAAUGCCUUUCAUAAUGAAUGUGUCUAUAUCGGCUAGUGCUUUAGUGAGAACCAGUCAGGCUUGCUUGAAAGUAGAGUUGAAAUUUGGUGAAACAGUCGCAAGUAUUGACUUGAUUUGUUUGCCCAUGUCGAGAAUUGACAUGAUAAUUGGCAUGGAUUGGUUGUCUGCUAAUGAAGUGACAUUAAACUGUAAUAGAAAGACGGUUUCAUUACCAGUGUAUACGAAAACUACAAUGAAUAAAGAGAUUACACUACCUGUACCUAUUAUUACUUCGGAGACUCCUAAGUUCCUAUUAGCAGUACAAGUGGAGAAAUCAGUGAAAGAGGAAUGUCAAGCCUUUAUGGUGUUUUGUUCAAUACAUAAAGUGUAUGAUGGAACAUUAGACAAGAUUGGAGUUGUUAAUGAGUUUCCUAAGGUGUUUACAGAUGAAGUGUCGGGAUUGCCAUCAGAAAGAGAGAUUGAGUUCUCAAUUGAUUUGGUACCUAAUACCAAGCCAAUCUCUAAGGCUCCGUAUUAG